AUGUUGCGAACAAUAAAGAUACUUCGUAUAAGACAAGCUUUGAAAUCAGUACCACUAAUAUCUUCAGUUCAGAAAAAAUGGUUCAAUGUAACUGCAGGUUUAAAACAUGGCGAAUAUGAGUGGCAGGAACCAAAGUCUGAGGCAGAAGUGGUAAAUAUAACAUAUAUUGACAAAGAUGGCAAAAAGACAAAUGUAAGAGGCAAAAUAGGUGAUAACGUUUUAUACUUAGCUCAUAGAUAUGGUGUUGAAAUGGAAGGAGCUUGUGAAGCUUCCUUGGCAUGUACAACUUGUCAUGUAUAUGUAAAUGAGGACUAUCUGGAUAAACUAAAUGAUCCAGAGGAAAAAGAGGAUGAUUUGUUAGAUAUGGCACCAUUUUUAAAACAAAAUUCUAGAUUAGGUUGCCAAAUUAUACUAACAAAAGAAAUGGAGGGCAUGGAGCUGUCUUUACCAAAAGCUACUCGCAAUUUUUAUGUUGAUGGUCAUAAGCCUGCACCACAU